CGAGGAGAUGCCAGACGCCUCUGACAUUUCGAGUGUCUACCGUUGCUCACGUCUGAUAAAUAUCGCUCAAUCAAGUGCACACGGAUUGCGCGAUCGCAAUAUUCUUAACAGAACAAUCAUUGUCUCGACUGGGAUGGCCUCAGUGCGCUGUCAAGCCGAGCUCCGAGCAUGUUCACAAAUAGUUCAAUUACUGUUGACUCACUGAUAAUGGCGGUCGAAAAAAAAAUGCCCCAGAGUUAAUAUUAUUGUCUGAUUAUAUUUAGUGCAGUUCGUGCGGUGCAGCGAUGAGCCGAAGUGAACAAACUCUCGGCGAUUAGUGAAACAACUUGGAACUUGUGUUGCAAGUGUUCAAACUAUAAACAAAAAGUGGAAAACUAGAAAUUUAUGCAAAAUGGAUUAAAAAAUAUCAAAACACUGCUUAAAAGUGUUAAAUUCGGUGUUUUUUGUUAUUAAACUGUUGUGUUGAAUAAGAAUUAAAUCAAAAUGAUUUUGGAACAACAAUCCAGCACAAAUGUCGCAUCUUACUACCAGGGCUAUAAAUAUAGCUCGAUUCAGCAACUGCAUAAACUUGGAGACAUGCAUGGAGUCAAACGAGUGCUCAUUUUCUGUCUCAUGAUGGCAGUCCUGCCAAUGAUACUCAUCAUAACUCCACUCUAUCUUAGGCAUAGUGUUUAUGCAGAUGGUAAAUUUGAGGUGGCAGAAUCUGAUGUGCUUGCUAUCAUGGAUGGAGUCUCAUCAGUGUUCUGCUCCUCACAUUCCUUACAUAUGAACAGCACUUUUAAUGCUUUUCAACUUCGAAGUUCUCCACAAUUGAGCUCAAAAAAGAAACAUCUGCGUUUAAAGAAGUCCAUGGAACUACCUGAUGAUACUUUAGAGUAUUUUGGCUUUUUUCUUUUGGCUAAUUCAACUGUGAGGUUGAAGGCAUGCUCAAGAUAUCCAGGUUCAAGAUUGUUGGUUGUUCGAGGUGAUAAAAGGCUGGAUACUUGUGGUCUUAUGGAUCACAACAUGAAAAAAGUUGGAGCUACUAUGGAUAAAGAUCAUCAACAAGUAAAAGUGAUAUUUGAGGAUGCAGAGGAAUUGAAUUCAAGUUCCGAGGAAACUCCAGUACCGAUUAAAAAGAACACAACUGCCGAGAAAAAAGUUGAGAAACCUGUUGAAGAAUUCGUUAAAAAGAGGCUUAAUAAAGCUAAGAACAAAACAAGCAAAGCCACUCCUGUUCUGGAGUCUACAAUAAAACACAAUUUACACGCAGAGGCUUUAAGACUUGAAGAAAUAGAUGAUGUCGAACAAAAAACAGCCAAGAUGGUGGAAUCACGAAAUCCACGGAGGCAUUACCGAAAAAGAAUUGAAAUGGAAAUCGAACGUUUACAAGCACAACUGGAUGAAAACAUAGACCCAACAGCAGUUGAAGAAAUCGACGAUGAAAACGCUGAAUUAGAAGUAGAUGAAAACGAGCAACCAAUCACACCGGAAUCUAGGCCUAAACGUGACAUUCAACAAAUGCUUGAUGGCGGAAUCGAACAUGGCGGCAAUGCCAUUGACUUCUCCCAACGAGAUUCCACCAUUAACAGUGUUUCCAGUUUUGAGGAAGAUCUUCUCACAUGUUAUGAUGGUUCUAUUCUUUUGGCGCAUGGUUUUGAUCCAAGCGACAAAUGCACCAAUGUUUACGACCUCGAUGAUGGCACGCAUUUAGAAACCGAACACAACGUUGUUUCCGACGGGUAUUACUAUUACAUCUUCUAUUCGGACAACGAUAUAGAGAACAACAUCAUCCACGCUGUUUUCGACGUGUUUAAACCCACAUUUCAAUACAUGAAUAACACAAAAGACAAGGAGUGUAUCAACGUGACGGAAUGUCACUUUCCGAUUCAGUUUUUAUCGGAUGAGACAGUCGUAGUGGAAGUACCCACACAUGAUGGCAUAGAAGUUGAUGAAGAUAACAUGUUUCUGCUGGUCAGUACGUGCCAUCCUCGUGUUGGCAUUUACAUCGUGUUUCCCAUAUCAGUGAUGCUUUUGAUAUUAGGUUGUGGAUUUUUAUAACUUAUACGUAUUUUUAUACAACCAGAUACUAAAAUAGUGAUAUUAUUAUUAAUAAUUAACUGCGUUAGAAGCAACCGACUGAUUCUGGGAAUGUAAAGUGUAAAUAUUACCAAGUUAACUUAUCACAGCGAGUAUGACGUCUGAUUUUAUAUAAGUGUAGUGUUGACUUGUUUUGUAAAUACGUUUUUGUACUUGAGAUAUUAUUAUGUAUACUAGUUUGUAGCGAUUCUUGGCGGCUGAUUGCGAAAAGUUCAAGGAACAAACAUUAUCUUUAUCAAAUGACAACAUAGCAGAAUUACUUCAUUUA